AUGUUGGAUCUUAAUAGGAAGACUGGCGAGGACAUGUACGUCAAUAGACACUCGAAUGGUCUAUGUGUAGUUGGUCUGGCACCAACACAUCCAGCGUUGGCAAAGAAGAUAACAAGAUUCGAGUAUACAAAUGUCAUUGCCAACAACUCUGUACAGGGCACACAGAAGAAGGGAGGCACGACCCUCCACAAAGACACUGUCGUUGCCCGACUCACAUGCGACGACGGCACCGUCUACGACCUCUACAGCUGUAUCAAGGGCAAGCUGCUCGAGACCAACAAGUACCUCUCGACCGACGUCACAUCUCUUCAGACACAAGCUGGCACCAAUGGAUAUCUGUUGAUAGCAGAACCUUUUGAACGCGUGGACUACAUGGCAAAGAAUAGCGAUCUGUUGUCAUUCGAUCAGUAUCAUCAUACUAGGAACAUCCCAAUUGACAAGGGACCAAAGUUCCUCAAGGACAUGGGCGAUGACGAAGAGGCUACAGCUGCAGGUGGUGGCAAUUAA